UAUGCCCUAAUCUCUUUGCUUCGAAACACUUCACAAAUGCAGAAUAUUGCUGUGACGCUGUUGACUAACCCUAUUCCAAAGAGGCUGCAAUGAAAACUAAUGGGACUGUUGGCAUCAGAAUCUGGGGUGUGAACAGCAUUUCUAUUCAUGCGUUGAUUGACAUGGUAAUAGCCCGAUAGUAUUGGAGAAAAGUUGAAAAAACGGUCCCUUUGACGCUGUACGUUAAAUUGUGACCUGUCACGACGUAACGUACAUCAAAUCAAAUCAAAUUUAUUUAUAUAGCCCUUCUUAUAUCAGCUGAUAUCUCAAUGUGCUGUACAGAAACCCAGCCUAAAACCCCAAACAGCAAGCAAUGCAGGUGUAGAAGCACGAUGGCUAGGAAAAACUCCCUAGAAAGGCCAAAACCUAGGAAGAAACCUAGAGAGGAACCAGGCUAUGAGGGGUGGCCAGUCCUCUUCUGGCUGUGCCGGGUGGAGAUUAUAACAGAACAUGGCCAAGAUGUUCAAAUGUUCAUAAAUGACCAGCAUGGUCAAAUAAUAAUAGUCACAGUAGUUGUCGAGGGUGCAGCAUGUCAGCACCUCAGGAGUAAAUGUCAGUUGGCUUUUCAUAGCCGAUCAUUAAGAGUAUCUCUACCGCUCCUGCUGUCUCUAGAGAGUUGAAAACAGCAGGUUUGGGACAGGUAGCACGUCACGUGUAACAGUUUAACUUUAGACUGUCCCCUCGCCUCGACACGGGCGCGAACCAGGGACCCUCUGCACACAUCAACAACGGUCGCCCACAAAGCAUCGUUAUCCAUCGCUCCACAAAGGCCGGGGCCCUUGCAGAGCAAGGGGAACCACUACUUCAGGGUCUCAAAGCGAGUGACGUCACCGAUUGAAACGCUAUUAGCGCGCAGCACCGCUAACUAACUAGCCAUUUCACAUCCGUUACACACACAUAAUGCACUCAUUCUGUGUCGUACAGCCUCUCUCGCAGAUUAAAAACAACAAAGGGACAGGUGAUACCUAGUCUUUUUUAAAUUUUAUAUAUAUUUUUUCUUAACAACAAAUCAAUACAGAAAGUACACGAGGGAACACAAGUAUAUAUAGAUUAUAUACAAUGUACAAUCGAGCUAGGGGGUACAAUAUCACAUAACAAUUACACAAGGACCUUAAGGGACAUACUUACAAUUCUAACAGCUUUUUUGUUAGUAGAGUAUUUAACUGUCUUAAAAUACAGUUCAAUUUAUUUUUGUCGGGUGAGAAAAUGUGUUUUUUUGUUUGUAAAUUUACAUUUGUGUAUAUGAAAUUUGGCCAAAAGAAUAAUGAAAUUAAUUACAUAAAAAUGUUUCAGCUUAUUUUUAUCGUAUGUAAAGAAUCCAAGCAGUACAUCUCUCCACAAUAGUGUAAAAUUGUAAGUCGCUCUGGAUAAGAGCGUCUGCUAAAUGACUUAAAUGUAAAUGUAAAAUCUUAAGAAAUGUGUUCAAUUAUAAAUCUACUGAUGUCUUGCCACAGUUUUCUUGCAUGUAUACAAUGCCAAAAAAGAUGCAACACUGUUUCUGGGUGGUCAUUACAAAAGGAGCAAUUUGAAUUUAUGUUUUCCUUAAACUUCUUCAUAUAGUGGUUGGCAGGGUAAUAUUUAUGAAUACUUUUAAAGGAAACCUCCUUAAUUUUGUUAACCAGUAGGUAUAUGUGUGGCAACAUCCAAACUUUUUCCCAACAGAUAUUAUAAAUAAAUCCAUUUCAAUAAGGCAUGACAUAAGGUAAAGAUACAACAUCCUGCUGAAACAAGGUUCGUAUUGCUCUGUUGUUGAAUGGGCCAAAAGAGAAACAAAUCUUUCCUACUGAUGAGUCAACAGGGUCAAUAGAAGGUAGGCUCUGAGGGUCAGGUCUUGACACGUUCCUGAAUAACAGAGCAACACCUGAGGGAAUGGCGUCUAAAACAAUUGCAAAAUCUUUAGGUGUUACAGGGACCUUGUAAAGAGAUAGGAAUUCCUUAUAACUGAGUAAAAGACCCUCUGCAUUUACCAGUUGGCUCACCAAUAGGAUAAUAUUUCGGAACCAAUAUUCUAAAAACAAAGAAGUAUUUUUAUACAAUAUAUCCCGAUUAUUCCAUACAUAAUAUCUGUGUGGACAAAAAUUGUGUUUAUAAAUUAAGAACUAUGACAAGAAAACCUGCCGAUGAAAAGCAGAAAGUUUCACUGGAAUUUUGUCAAUAUUAUAAUUGCACAACAACAUGAAGUUAAGGCCACCAAAAGUAGAGAAGACAUGAUGAGGAAUAAAAUUCCAGAUAGAAGUGGGUCUUCUUCUUAGGAAUUGUUUUAUCCAAUUGAUCUUAAAAGUAUUAUUUAAAGUAGUAAAGUCCAGAAAAUUCAGUCCACCAUUCUCAUAAGUGUUCAUUACAACAGUUUUCCUAAUGUAAUGGGUACGGUUUCUCCAAAGAAAGUUGAAAAGCAUCUGGUCUAUCUCCUUGCUUAUUUUACUGCCAAGAUAUAAAGAUAUAGCGCCAUAUGUUAGUCUAGAGAUACCUUCGGCCUUGGUUAUUAGGACUCUACCUUUUAAAGAAAAGUCCCUCUGUAGCCAUUGAUUUAGCUUCUUCUGGGUAUUUUUAAUAAGAGGGUUAAAAUUUAGUAAGCCUCUAGACUUCUGAUCCUUUUUAAUGGUUAUGCCUAAAUAUGUAAGUUCUUCUUUUACCGGAAUACCCUAAUAUGAAGGUGUCACACAAUCUUUGACAGCUAUGAGUUCACGUUUAUUAAUGUUAAGGUAUAGACCAGACGCUUUGGAAAAAGAUUGUAUCACAUUGAUCGAUAUGGGAAUUUGGUUAGCGUCUUUCAGAAAAAGUGUAGUAUCAUCAGCCAGCUGGCUUAUAAUAAUUUCUUUACCAGCUAUGGAAAUACCUUGUACAGGACUAUUUUUUAAAGAAUUUGCAAGAAGUUGGGUGAUUAAUAAAAACAGAUACGGUGAGAUAGGACAACCUUGCCUAAUUCCUCUCUUUAACUCAAAUCUAGGUGAGGUGCCAUAUUUCAAUUUGAUAGAGCUGUUACCAUUUGCAUAGAGAGUCUUAAUAGCCUUACAGAAAAAAUUCCCAAAGCCAAGUCUUUCAAGGGAGUGGAAGAGAAACUGAUGCUCUACUGUGUCAAAUGCCUUAUAAAAAUCUAAAAAUAAUAUGAAGCUAUCCUCAGUUAUUAGGUCUGAGUAGUCAAGUAUGUCUAAUACUAGUCUGACAUUGUUAGAAAUAUGUCUGUUCCUCAUGAAGCCAGACUGUGUUUCAUCAAUGAUUGCAUCCAGGACACACCUAGUCAAUUGUACAACGGAAUGUAUUUUUGCGUCAUCACUGCAAGCCAUCAUGACUCUCAAAAGCCGCGACAGCCGCUGUUUACUUCUGAAGAUAACUUUAGCGCCGCCCUAAAAAACUGAUUCAAAUUCGACACUAACCUUCAAAUAGGUAUAUAAUGACACAUUAUAUAAACUCUUUAUAGUGUUUCAUUUACAUUUUAGAGGUGAUAAAUUGGACAGAUUGAAUGAAAAAAGCUGUUUCCCUACAUGGCUUAUCUACCACUUUCCCUAUUACGCAGUAGGUUUCGCUUCCCUACCAGCCAUUUUUAAAAAGAUCGACGGAGCUCAUUGCUUUCUUCAAUCAUGCAGAGACGGGCAGCAUGAAGGUUUCAUCAUUGAUUUUGCUGACCAGUUCAUGGGUUGAUCUUCCUGUUUAAGUGGCAGCCAGGUGAGGCACCAGCAGGCUCUAUCGUUCAGGAUUCAAGACUUGACAACAUCUUCUUUGCCAAGCAGGUGAUAAAUAACGCAUGUGCUACCCAGGCCAUUGUCAGUGUGCUGCUGAACUGCACUCACUCUGACAUGCUGUUGGGAGAGACACUCACAGAGUUCAGAGAAUUCUCACUCAGCUUCGAUGCUGCUAUGAAAGGUCUGGCUCUCAGCAACUCUGAAGUUAUUCGACAAGUUCACAACGGCUUUGCCAGACAGCAGAUGUUUGAGUUUGACGCCAAGUCUUCAGCGAAAGAUGAGGAAGCAUUCCACUUUGUGAGUUACGUCCCUGUCAACGGCAGGCUCUAUGAGCUGGACGGACUACGUGAAGGGCCCAUCGACCUCGGUGUUUGCAACCAGGACGAUUGGAUCAACGCAGUUCGGCCAGUGAUUGAGAAAAGAAUACAGAAGUACAGUGAGGGAGAGAUCCGCUUUAACCUGAUGGCCAUCGUGUCAGACAGGAAGAUGAUUUAUGAGAGGAAGAUAGCGGAGCUGCAGAUCCAGCUUGCAGAGGAAGAUCCAAUGGACACAGAACAGAGCAGCACCCUCCUCAGCUCGAUCCAAUCAGAAAUUGCCAAGUAUCAGCUGCUGAUUGACGAGGAGAAUCAGAAACUCAAACGAUACAAGAUCGAAAACAUCAGACGAAAGCAUAACUACCUACCCUUCAUCAUGGAACUACUGAAGACACUGGCAGAAUACCAGCAGUUGAUACCUUUGGUGGAAAAGGCAAAGGAGAAGCAGAGUGCCAAAAAUGUCCAGGAAGCCAAGUGAACACAGUCACUAGUGCUGAGUGAUUAACCAACAUUUAGUUUUUGGGGGGUGGGUUAUAAAACAACUAAUCGACCGACUUCAGUUUAAUUACUUUAAUUCCAUUUAGUUUUUUUUGUGAGCCCAACGCAGAAAUCAAGUCAAGAACUAUGUGGGACGCUGGUCUGAAGGUAAUUAGAUACACACAGACCCACAACGACAAGAGGGAUAGAGACAGUUUGUGAAAGUAUGCCUUAUCUACUUUGAAGAACUAGUCAAAUGAUUUCAUCAGACAGCUCUGCAUCAUAGGCUACUUAGGCAUGCUAGCUAAAUAUGAUGACUAAAGACAGUACAUUAUAGGGAGCAUAUAGAUACCGUUACUGGCUGCUACAGACUGCUACUGCCUGAGCAGAGAUGAGAUGAUGACUUUAAGGAAUAAAAAAUAAAGUAAUCAAAUAAAAACUUAGUAAUAUACACAACUGAAAUAUUGUAUUAUUUCAUAGUAUUUUUCUAUUGAUAUCUACUCAAUGUGGACCUGACAAAGACAAUGGAAUAUUUUUAAUGUUUUGGCAAUUGAAUGCUCACUAUUUUUGGCUUUGAAAUUUCCAUUAAAAAGAUCUAUUUCACAAUGCAUUUAAUGUUGAAAAAAAUAAUCGAAAAUCGUGAUUAUAUUUUUUAUAAUUGAACCGAAACCGAACCGACCUCAAAAAGCACAAAUGGCUCAGCACUAACACUCAUCAGUCGUCGUAUUCAUGUGACUCCCUUCCCCCACAGACAUGAGCACACGGGCAGUGGGAUAGAUACGAACUGUGUUGACUCCCACCCGCGUCUACCCCUAAGCUGUAAUGUAUGCCUGGAAAGAUAUGUUUAAAUGAACCUGUCUUAUUUUCAUAAUAAAAUGUGUUGUAGUUUGAUUGUUAA